AUGGGGGCAUCCCCUCUUCGCCCACCGCACGUCUGCAGUCUUCCAGGCCUCCUCCUGGGUCUCCUCCGAGUUCUCCUACUAGGCAUGUUGAUACUGCGGCCCAUCUGGUCGACCCGGCCAGGCGGUUGCGAGGAAGCCCAGUAUCCAUGGUGGACGUUGAACUUGGAGCCUGGCCCAGAAGAGGGAGGAAGCCUCUUUACGGAAUCUGGCUCCGAGGCCAAGUGCUGGGAUGUUCGGGGACUCCCCGCUGAACUGAGCUGGACCCCCGGUGGGCACGGCUGCGCCGUCACAUCCCGCAAUUUGUAUGCGGCUGGACGAGAAUUGCGAGGUCUAAAGGCGCACUUGAAGAAAAUUCGCUGGUGGUUUGAAGGGGACGAGAACGUGGGAUGGGUUGCCCAGUCGGCUCAUCGCCCCGUCUCUCUGAUGGAGCUCCUUGUGAAUACCCUCGACGAAGUACUGUCUAUCUAG